UGUAAACGUUACGGUCGCAUUCAACUCAACCCGGAAACGGAAGAAAAUCAAAAAAUUAUUUCAAAAACAAAGUCAGCAAAAGAAAAAAUUCCAUUAAAAAAAAAGGAAACAAACUAAAACAAAACAAUAGAAAAGGUGCUUAAAAAGUUGGCAAUAAAACAAAAAUUGAUUGGUUUAUUUCUUUGAUAUUAAACUGACGGUUGUUAAAAGAAAAGAAAAGGCAAAACUCAGCCAAAGCAUCAAACCAAAACAAGUCAAGGAUGUUGAAUUUCAUUUUUUGCCUACGAAGAAAAAAAGUUGAAUAACUUUCAGUGAAGCAUUGCCUACCCUUCGAAACUGAAAAGGAUGAUGUCAUUAUCAUCCUCGACAACGUUUUUCUCUGUGCGCUCUUCUAUUCUGCUGCUCAAAGAAAAUGAGGCUUUAAACGUUUGUUGAUAAGUGAAGUGAAUAAUAUUUUGGUCUGUCCGGCGUUUUUCUCGGCUUUGAACAAAGAAAACAAAAACAAAGCCAGAAAUUUCUGUUGAAGCAGAAAACGUUAAAAGGAUAUUCAAUUUCUCCAAGGAAACAAAAUAAAAGAAUAUAUGUUUAAAAGAUUUAUGUAAAAAAGAAAAACUUAUCUCCAUCUUUGCAAAUCACACUUAAGCUAGGGACGAAUAGCUUCCUAUAAGGCUGAUUUUGCUAUUAAGUGUUUGGUGUUGUUUGUGCCACUUGAAAAUUAUACGCAGUUACAUUUCUUAGUCGAUAGAAAAGUUGCCCAAAACUCCUUGGCCUACAAUUCAAGCAAAUCCUUAAACAAAAAUUUGAAAAUAUAUUCAAAUGAAGUUAGUUUAUCAAAGCUUCUAAGUGAUUGUUUGUGUGAGUGUGUUUGUGUAUGUAAAUGUGUGCUUAUGUCAUAUGCCAUACUCGCAAAUGAGUGUUUAGCAAUAAUAAAGCCAAGCUAUAUGUACUACAUUCAGCCAUACAAGGGAAUCAUUAAAACGACAGCAUCAGAUAAUUGUGGAUUACUCAAGGGCACCAUUAACGUCGCCAACAUCUAAAUACCCAGCCUCCUCAUACCAGCCUGGCAUCAUUGAUUUUCCUUGCCAAGGGAAACCUGCUCACUCCUACCCCUGGUGUCCCCUUCACAAACCGCUUAAAAAUAAACAACAACCCACAACUGGCAUACCGAAACAUUUCUUUUGGGUUUGCUUCUAGCCAUCGCUCCUUUACGUCUGUUCUUGUUGACUUGUUCCAGUUGGCUUUAAGACGAUUCAAUACAUUUUUAGGAUAAUCCAGAAUUAUCAGUCGUCAACAAAAACGAAAACUGCUAACCUAAGAAAAUUUUAGCGAAAUGAAAUGUCCACUCUCAUAGGCCACAACUUCAAGGACAAGCCAAUGAGAUAAUAGUCCUAUACUCCCAUUGAGUAAAGGGAACGAAAACAAAAUCAAAUCUUAAAGCCUAAACGAGGAGUAGUAGGAGUAUAAUUUAAAGAAAACAUAAACAAACCCUAUAAUAAUAACAUUUAAAAUAUAAUGAAAGAGUCUGAAAUAGCCUGCUUGAAAAUGUCUAGCAAAUGGGUUCUCAUAGUCACCUUAAAUUUAAUUCUUGGUGAGUUGACAGUAAGCCAUGCGGCAACGUUAACGCCAUCUCCUGUGCCAGCCUUCAGUCAAGAGGAACUAACAACAAUGCACUCGACUUCGGAGCUGGUGGGUGAAACCCCAUCGUCGCAGCCGCCUACUGGGUUGACGGCGGAAAUAAAACUUCAGCGUGAUGAUGAUUUGUUGUUUGUGGCCACAACGACGGCGAAAAGAACAACGGACAAUGCAGUUAGUGACAAAGCAACAACAGGGGCUGCAACUGGUUCAGAUUUAAACACAACACCCAUUAUCUUUGUGGCCUCCUCCGUGGCUGAGACCGGAACAGGGGCCCCAGCCUCAACACCUUUGGAGGAGAGUGUUGCUACAGCUGCUGAGAGCACAGCAACAACAACCUUGGCAUCUUCUAAUGCUCCGGCCACAACAAUAACAGCAGCAGCUGGCGAAGACGAAGAAGGUGAGGCGUCUUCUUCACCUCUGCCCUCCCAUCGUACGGUGAAUAGCGAAGUAACAAUAGCUGCUAUUCAGGAACAAAUGAAUAGCGGCGAAAAGGAAAUAAAAGAUCAAAGCAAAGAAUCAACGGCUAAGGAAUCCCUCGAAAUGCGGCAACAAAUCACAGCAACGACAAUGAAACCAACAGAGCAACAGCAACAGACAUUUGCAACGCCAGGGUCUUGGCUCAAGGAAGCGGAUAUGCAGCAACAAGCAACGGCAAACGGAAAUGCAGAGAUACUGAAUAUACAUGACAAAAGGGAAAUGACAGCAGCAACAACGAACACAGAGGCCAUAGCAUCAUCAGCAACAGAUAAUGAGAAAGGGGAGACUACAACUUUGCCAGUUUUAGAACAGCAAAGUAACAGCCCAGCCCCAGCAUUGGUCCUCCAUACACCCAAAGAGGUUAAGAAUGAUGAUGACAAGAAACCGGCAAAGGAAAUUGUCAUCGAUUCCAUACAAUUCGCUUAUAUUGCCACCAGUGACAGCCCCACAUUAACACCCAUGACAUCAACUCCCCAGUUGGCGUUGGCAAAAACUGAAAAUCAAAAAUCUCUGGAUGAUUUCAAACCCCUCAUACAGGAGGCAAACAACAAACUGUUGCUGGAGCGCACCAUUUUCACACCCAAACACAAGGACGAGGAACAAGAAUGGAAGCAGAAUCUAAUGCCCAACGAAGUGCAGCACUAUGGUAGCAAGGGCAAAGAAUCCAAAAAGUACUUGGGACAGCCGUAUGAGCACAACAUCAAUUGGAGUCCUUAUUUACAUCCAGCCACUCCAGUGGUUGAUUUCACUGGCAAAGUGCUGCAGGAGGAAGAUGGAGUCAUCACAGAAAUCGAAGAGAAAUUCCAGUUAAAGGAAUUUGCCACCGACAUGGCAGUGGACAAGAAAAGCGAUGCCACCACAGAACAACAGCCCACAGACACCCCGCCAAGGCCUAUGGAGAAAAAGAAAGUUGUUAAGCUCAUGCCUAAGCCUCAUCUUCAUUUGGUGAAUCAUGAAAAGCCCAGCAAAAGCCAUGCUGCUACCAGUGCCCCUGCCGCCCAGCUAGCUGCUGUGGUAAUGAGACCCGUUGAGUUCAUUGAACGUCGUGUUAAGAAAAGUUUUGACUUUCCCAUGCAUCGCAUUGCCAGCGAUGCCGGGCAUGCCAUGCAGCAUUUUGAUUUUGCCAAUACCAAAUUUAGCAGCAACAUUAAUGAACCACGCCAACAUUUGAGUGCAGCUACUGCAGAGGGUGACAAAUACCCGCGAGGCAGUGAGCCAAUGGCUGGGAGUGGCGGUGUGGCAGUAAAUCAGGGCCAUGACACCAUGGCUGGCAUGCAUGUGCCCCGAACACAACCGGAAUUUUCCACUACAAAAUUCUACAACAGCAAAGAGUUGUACAAUGAAAUGUUGCUGCACAAGAGCAAACAAUCACAGCAACAGCUACACAACACUGAACAGCAGCAGCCGCAUGACAAGGCUAAGGAUAAUAAUGGCAACAGCUUGAAUGGCGAGGUGGUGGCACCUUCAUCUUCGUUGACUCUGAACAGUUUUGCGGUCUUGCAUUCUCCGAAAAUAGCCAAACUGGAAGAAAUGCACGAACUGAGGGAGCAACCACAGAAAAGUUUGGCCAUCAAACGAGUUACGGUGCAGGCAACAAAGCAUAAAGAAAAUUCCUCCGGCGACACCAUAGAAACCGCAGCUACUAGCACAUCAUCUACAACACAAAACCCCAAAACUAGCAGUGCAAGCACCACUACCACUACCAGUACCAGCACCAGCACCAGCACCACCCGCACUACCACAAGCCAGGGCAGCACUACCAGCCGCAGCAACACCAACAUAGAAUUGCCAAUGAAGACGACAACGAAAAAGUUUCACAAAGAAUUCAAAAAAGCCAAAUUGUUGAUAAAGAGCAUGUUGCCCAGCACCAACAGCAUUAAGGCAAGUGAAGAAAGUAAUGCAAACAUCAACACCAACGCUAAUACCAUGCGCACCAAAUCCCCAGCAUCUCUAUCUGUUUCAACAAUAACACCUGCCGCCGCCGAUGCCACAUCCACAAUGCCAUACACAACUAAUCCAUUGGGCUUAACAACGGCAAAACCCUUGGAAGUGUACAAAGCGGAAAGCCGAUCAAAUGCUUUAACAUCUUCUCCAAAUGCCAUGUCGGCUGCCGGCUUAACUCCGUUCGCAUUCAGCAGCAGCAGCAGCAACAGCAGGAAAGCGGAAGCAUCCUCAUCCGCCUCCAUAUUGCCCAUUUACGACAUCGCUCAAACAUCUAGGCCUACGGCCAUUUCAACUAAUCCCACUAAAGCGCCACUGAAACCGAUCGUACGUCCACGCAUACUCAGCCGCUUGCAGGAGAAAAUCAAUUCACUUGAAUGUGAAAUCUCGAAUGUGCCACAGGAUUCGCAUCUGUGGCGAGGCAACGAAACGCAUGAAUUGUUGCUGCCCAUUAUGACUCCUGAGAAUUGCAAAACUGACAAAGAUUGUACAGCCAUGAUGGUUUCCUGGGAGGGUGAAGCUGAAAUCCAAUCGGGUGAUAUAUUAAUUGUUGAAAUAAACGAUGCCCUCUUGAAUCCCAAGGAUGUAAAUCUAACAACCAGUGCACACAAUACUCAGGUGUAUCAGGUAACACGUUCCGGACAUGAGCACUGUGAUGUUACCGAAGGUAUACUCCUCGAUAUCACACCACUUAUAGUCGAUGGCCGAAAGUUGGUAACACUCUACGAUAAGGACCUCACCGAAGGAGUUAACUUGUUAAUAGUGGUCUCUGAACUUUGGGGCUCGCAGUGUGUUCGUCUCAAGGUCACCACGAAAACCGAAAAUUGCGGCGAGAGUGCUGAUUGCUCGGGCAAAGGUGUUUGCUUUUCCAAUGGCGACAUGGAGGAGUAUGAGUGCCAAUGCUGCAGUGGCUUUGCUGGACCACAUUGUGAGGAGAUAGAUGCCUGUACACCCAGUCCAUGUACCAACAAUGGCAUAUGCGUUGAUUUGUCGCAAGGUCAUGAGGGCAACUCUUAUCAGUGUUUGUGUCCCUAUGGUUAUACCGGCAAAAACUGUCAAUACGAAUUAGAUCCUUGUAAUCCUGCCGAAUGCAUGAAUGGUGGCAGUUGUGUGGGAAAUUCAACACAUUUCAGAUGCGAAUGUACACCUGGCUUCACAGGACCUUUGUGCCAACAUGUCCUUAAUGAAUGCGAAUCAUCACCAUGCAUUCAUGGUAUAUGCGUUGACCAGGAGGAUGGUUUCCGUUGUUUCUGUCAGCCAGGAUUCGCUGGAGAGCUGUGUAAUUUUGAAUACAACGAAUGCGAAUCGAAUCCAUGCCAGAAUGGCGGUGAAUGCAUUGAUCACAUUGGUAGUUUUGAGUGUCGUUGCAGCAAAGGAUACACUGGCACUCGAUGUCACAUAAAGGUGGAUUUCUGCGCUAAUAAACCCUGCCCUGAAGGACGUCGCUGCAUUGAUCAUGGUAAUGACUACAGCUGCGAAUGCCUUGGGGGACGCAAUGGUCCAGAGUGCAACGAAAUGCUUAGAACGCAAUGUAACGUAAACCCAUGCACACAUGGCGGUACCUGCUGGUCCAGUGGCGAUUCUUUUUAUUGUGCUUGCCGUCCCGGCUAUACGGGCACUAUGUGUGAGGAUGAAUUUGUUGUGGAAACGGUGGUUAGUUCCAGUGAAUUUAUGGUCGACGAUACCAGUGCCCGGAAUUUUAAUGAUAAAAGUUUUGGCUCAUCGGUGGUCCUGAAGAGUCCCAUUGAACUGCACAAUGCAUACACAGCGGCGAUUGUAUUGGCCUUGGUUAUAUUUUUCGUCGCACUUUACCUCACCAUAUGCCAUUGCAAAGUGAAUCAGACCUAUCGUAAAUUUUCAACACGAACCUAUGGCUUCCUGCCCAUACUGGGUUUCCGUUGGCGCACCAAGCAGGCCACAUCGAAAAUCAGCCGACACUGGCUGAGUGGCAAGGGUCUGGGUGGUGUGGCAGCCAAUGCAAUGCGUGGCGGCUCAGGCAUUGCGGCCAACUCAUCCCUAUCGGCGCCAUUACAACGCAACAAUGUUGGACAUUUGCCAGCCGCAAAUGCGUCAUCCACGUCAACAGGACACCAGCAGCAGCAACAGCAUCAUCAUCAACAAAAACAGCAGCAACAACAACAUCACAUUGGCCAAUUAAACGAACGGCCCUUUCAACGUCAUUUGGCCAUGAACUUGGAGAACGACAUGUAUUAUACAGUAGACUUUAGUGAAAAUUCCCAACACUCACCGCUGAUCCAGUGAAACUCGACAACACAUUUCAUAGGUGGCGACGAGGAGGGAAGCGGUGCUGGUGGCGGUGCAUAUAAUAGCAGUAGUUGUAGAGGUGGAUAUGGAUGUGAAGGGCGACAAAGGGCGACAAUGACAUCGCAGCCAAUUUCUCAUUACGCUGAUGGACCAUUUGCCAGUGGCAGUGUUGCAAAUGUAAAUGUUGCCUGGCGCCGUGAUAAUGGCCAAAAGUCUACUUUUGGUGUUGGCAAUUGCGAUGCUCUGGGCAAAAAGCGCACAACUGCUGCUGCUGCUGGCCAUGGCCUAGAGGCUGUCGCUCGUUCUGGUCGUCAUAGUAGUAAUAAUAAUUGGUUAGUUAAAUUUACAAAACGAACUUAUUAAAUGAUUUUCGUUACACUUUUUUCUCCCCCUCCCCCCUCACUUUAGUUAAGCAUACAAUACUGUUUCUUUUUUUUGUUCUUCUCCAGUGUAUUGCCUAGCCAUCCCUGUGUCAUGAGAGCAAAAAAAAAAUGAAAACAAAAAAACGCGAAACAAAAUCUUGUUAAUUUAUUGCAUUUUAAAUUUUAAUGUAAUUUUUAUCAACAACCUCGAGAAUGAUGAACACAAUGAUGACAAUGAUGACGAUGAUGGUUAUAAUGAUAAUAAUCGCCAUCAUGGCGUUAAAAAUGUGAAACUGCUUCGCUUCACUGGCCCGAGGGCUGUAACAAAUUGAAUUUGAAGUGGAUUGAACUACCAAGUACUGCUAGAUGAGCCAAUUAAUAGUCAAUUUUGAGAUAAGUACUGCUCCUGCUACAUUUAUUGCAAUGCUAAUUUAACGACUCAUUUCCUUGGCCAGAGUCUGUUUUAUGUGUUUCUGAUGGCAGGCCGUUAAUGCUUAACGUGCUUGAACACACACACACACACAAAAAAUUAAAGAGAAAAAUGAAAAACCUACAGAAAAAAGUGAGGAAAAUUCAAAUUAACCAAAUUCCAAUUAUUUUUAUGGAAUUUCCAGAGGAGCGCUAAAUUUCAUUCAAGUAUAGAUAACAAGUUUUUCAGCGAAAAGAAUUUAAUAAUAAAAAAGAUACAAUGCGUAGUAAAUAUUCCUGAGGGAAUUCUGAGUAUUGAAAUAAAUUUUUAAAUAUUUUCCCAUUGUGACCUUUUUAUAUGAAACAAUAUUUCAUGGAAAAAAUCUAAAACGUUAUAAACUGAAAAAAAAAUUUUUUAUAUAAAUUUAUAUUUAAUAAGGUGUUUCAAUCCACUAAUCAUCAGAUAAGAUUUCAUAGAAGUGAACACUUGAAAUGGAACUCCGUCAGCUUGUACAUGUACACAGCAUAUGGUCCAUAGUCUCUUUUUCAUGGAUGAAAGUCUGCACACAUCGUUACUUGUUGCAUUAAGUCAAAUACAAUGUUUUCCGUUCAGACCCGAGUUGCGGAAUCGUAUUUUUUUGCUGAAGUCUGAGAUAGGUUCGAAAUCGGAGCAUGCUUGCUUAAGUCCAAACUGGACUUCGUGUAUACUCUAAGACUCCCUGGCUGGAAUUCGGAGAGGAGCGAAGAGAGUUCUUUUUAAGGGCAGAAACUAAAAUGGAUCAAGCAACAAUACUCCAUGAUUUUUUAUUUCCACCACCAUAACAAAGGAGGUAUAUUCAUGUAGUCAUUCUGGUUGUAACAAAUCGCAAUACCCUUUUCUCACCCUACAAAUUAUAUACAUACUGGAUGGUCGUAAAAUUCUAAGAUGAUUUAACGAUGUAUGUGUGUCCGUCUAUUGUAAUUACGCUACAGCAUUCAAAAAUUGGGAUAUCGUGCUAAAAUUUGGCACCGACUUGUAUUUUGUCUAUACCCUGGUUAAGUUCUUGAACGAGCAAAAUCGGAUCAUAUUUUGAUAUAACUGCCAUAGAGACCGAUCUACCGAUUUAGGGUCUUAAGCCUAUAAAAGCCGCAUUUAUUAUCCGUUUUCGUUGAAAUUAUUAACCGCGAGUUGUACUAAGGCCCCUAUUAUCCGAACCGAAAAUGGUUUAUAUCGAGUCAUAAUUAGAUAUAGCUGUCAUAUAGUCCGAACUACCGAUUCAAGGAUGGAUAUAUCACCAGAUUUUGUUGAAAUUUAGAACAGUGACAACCUGUCGACAUCCUCAAUGAAUUUGUUGUGGAUGUCGCCUUCUUUAACUCUCUAAUAUCUUUUUAGGGUGGGGACACUUCGCCCUGAAUGCGUAUAUCGAAUUCGUGCCAUUGUAGCCUAUGACGCUGAACGCGUACGAAUCCUGUCGAGAACAUCGGACAAAGCGGUGUUUAUUCCCUCUUAAUGUUGGCGACAUUUGUGAGGUACAAUGCCAUGCAUGGUCAUUUAAAAAAUAUUCCCCAAAGAGGUGUCGCAAAAGGUCCUUAUCAUUGAGUUUAAACUUGAAUUGGAAUGCACUCAUUGAUGUGUGAGAAUUUGCCCCUUCUCGGUUCCUAGUGGUAAUGUUCUUCCUUAGGGUAAUGUUCUCAUUAGGGAUGGCACCUCAGACAUUUCGACUCACAUAUGGAUAUAAAAUUCGUGCUGCACUUUCAAAUCCCUUUAAUUUAAGCCCCAUGUUGACAUGGCCCCUAAAUAUAAACCGUUUAAAGGUUGUUUUGGGGCUGGGGCGGCCACCGGCACUUUGCACUGAAAAUAGAUAUCAAAUUCGUUCUUUAUUCCCAACUGAAUUCGUUCAGUUUAGGGGGUGCUUUUGGGGGCAUACCCCAAAACACUUGGCUCCAAAAUUGGAUAUCAAAUUCGUUAUCGACUCUCAAAUACCUUUCAUUUGAGUCCCAUAUUGUCAUAAUGUGUCAAAUAACCUAUUUGACGUAUCUUUAGUAGGAAAAGCGCCACCUAGACUUGAACGCAAAUUUUAAUGACAUAUUCGUAAUCUACUCCCUAAUACUUUUCAUUUGAGUCCCAUAUAGUAAUGGUCGGCUAAUAUGCCCAUUUGGGGGUAUUUUGGGGGUGGGUGACCUCCUAUUAUUUGGACCUAAUGUUUUAUACCAUAUUUGUAAUCUACUGCCUAACACUUUUCAUUUGAGUCCCAUAUGAGCAUGAAAAUCUAAUAUAUAUAUUUAGAGGAGUUUUGGGGUUGGGGCGGGGCCGCUGGGUACUUGGACCCAAAUUUUAAUAUCAUAUUCGUGUUCUGGUCUCCAAUACCUUUCAUUUGAUACCCUUAUUGUGCCCAUCGGACCACUUUCGGAUACAGAUGGCGUUUUUGGGGUAAGGGGAGGGUCUGCCUCCACCCGAUAUCCAAAAAGUUAUAUAGCUUAUAUUUCCUUCCAGACAAACUAAUCUAUGAAAAUUUUAAGAAAAUCGGUUUAGCCAAGUAUCAUAUAGUCAUAAUGGGUCUAAUGGCGUUUAUGAGGGGUGGCGUGACUCCCUAUACAUCGACAUGAAUUUGUAUGCCAAUCGUUAUCUACUCCCGCAUACUUUUCAUUUGAUACCCAUAUUGUCUUUAUCGGUACACUUUUGAUUUUGGUUGGCGUCUUUGGAGUAACGGUGGAUGGACCGCUCCCUUCCGUUAUCAGCAAAUUAUAAAGCCUAGUCCUACUUCCUGAUCAUAUUCGCAAUCUACUCCCGAAUACCUUUCAUUUGAGUCCCAUAUUGUCAUGAUCAUCAAAUAAACCUACUAUAAGGGUUUUGGGGCUGGGGCGGCCCCCCUGCUACUUGGACUCAACUUUUAUUAUGAAAUUCGUAUUCUACCCCUGAAUACCUUUCAUUUCAAUCCCAUACUGUCCCGAUCGGUCCACUUUUAUUUUUGGGUAGUACUUUUGGGGUAAGAGGGAGGGACACUAGGUCUCUCGGACUAUAUUUGGAAAUAGCUGUAUUAUAGACCUAUCCCCUGAAUUAGGGUCUUAAGCCCGUAAAAGCCCGAUAUGUUACCCGAUUUCGCUAAAAUGUGAAACAGUGAGUUGCACUGGGCCUCUCAUUGUCCGAACUGAACACAGUCUAGAUCGGAUCAAAUUUUGAUGUAGCUAUCAUAUAGACCGAUCUACCGACUUAUGGUCUUAAGCCCAUCAAAAGCCGUAUUUUUCCAUUUCCUUGAAAUUUAGAGCAGUGGGUUGGACUAAAUUUCCCGUUGUCCGAACCAAAUUUGAUCCAGAUCGUAACAUACUUUGAUAUAAAUUUGGAACGUGGAGU